GGCUGCUUGUUCAAGUUGUUGUUAUAUCGGUUGUUAUUUCCGGGUAUUAAAACCAUACGAUUGUCGCGAAUAAUGGAUGGAUUCUGUUCUAAAAUCAUGUCAUCGAAGUCAAUAUUAUUAUGAUGCAAGGUAAAGAGAGGUUUUCAGGGUGGGUUUUCUGUGUCCUUGUGGUGCAAAAUGUCCUGAGUUGUGUUCAAUCGCUGCCUGUCGGUGCAGCGAAUGAUGGUGGCGAUGGAGGCACGGCGGACGACGGCGGUCAAUUUGGUUUUGGGGGCUACUCAUCAUCCAGGUUUCUAGGCAUUUUGUUUGUUUCCAUGGCAACAAUGGUGACCCUGUCUGCUGCGUUAGUUCUCUGUGCAUGUGGCAACAAUGAGCCCAAAAAGGAUGGCCAGACAGAAGAAGGAGAAGUAAAUGGCGAUAUUGAAGCUGUUAAUGAUGAAGUACACAUCGUACCAUUGAGUCCAACUCCAGACGAGUUGAAGGCACCAACAGAUCCACAACCAACAGCUCCACAAAACAGCAAGCCUAAGGUCCGUUCGUCCAGUGUUCAGUCCCAAAAGUCACUUAAUGGGCCCUCGGAUGAGGCACUCAUCCGCAGCGCGACGAUCGACCGAAGGCUUCCAGAGCUACCCCCCACUCCCAUGGCACCGGUCACGCCCACAAAUGAGGAAGAGGAGGAUGACUACAAUCGGACGUAUGAUGUCAUUGGAGACACCAAAGGAGCAAAUAAUCAGAUGUCAAAGGUCGAGCGUCAACCAUCAAAGGAAGAAGAGAUCGCUGAUGUUGAAGAUGAUCAGUACGCUUGUGUUACUGACAGCGCAGCUAAUAAAAUGGCCUCUGCGUCGAAACCUAACCCGAAAGACACCAACGAUCCGGCGGUCGUCAACCAGCAGGACAUGGAUGGAGAGGAAUUAGAUGAAGCCUAUGCAAGCGUUGUCGUGGGCAAAGUCACAGAAACCCAAACUGCAUCCUACGCGAGCGUUGGAAACAAAGAUGACCGGAAUGGUUAUGCGAGACUUCGUAGUUUGCAGAAGCAUCCCGUGAGAGAUUCGUCGCCGGAUGGCAGUGAAAAGAGCGGUUAUGCUCGGCUGAGAGAUGUCACCUUGGAAAGUGGUGCGGUGGGCGGGGUAGGAGGUAGGGCUUCGGGUGGGGCUGAUGAUGAAGAAGCUCCGCCUGUGCCAUACAAGCCACCUGAUUUACAGAAUGAAGAGGACGCUGAUGAAGUAUCACCGAUUGAAAGAACGUCCAGCACUGGGCAUGCAGAAGCAGGAGCAGCUGUCAGUGUGAUGUCUGAUGGUAUUAGCACGGGGCCCAGUAAGAAGAGAGAACCUCCAUACACACAGGUAUCGGCUCGGGAAAGCCUGGACGUCGUUAGAGCUCGCCAACAAGCUGAGCAGAAUGCUCGCAUCGCUACUCACUACCAAUCCAUUGAGGACGACCAAACACUUGACGCGGACCAUGAUGGGAUCUAUGAACCUGUAGAUGAUCAACAUGUAGAAAAACAACCAGUAAUGAGUCCACCCCCACUACCUGGUGAUAGACAGGGGCCAUCUUCAAGUAUAGAGCCAUCAGCCAGCAAUGAUUGGCAGAUGACGAAGGCACCACGCCUUUAUGAAGAGAUAACAGACGAGACGAGACCACAACCAACUCAAGCUGCCCCCGAUCAGCCCACAGAUGAUGACAUCCAACCCUAUGCAGUUACAGAGAAGCGUGCCGUCCCAACUGACGCACCAGGAAGUGGCCACAACAAUAAUAUAUCGGAGGCAAACUACGCCGUGGUUAACAAGGUCCACAAGGCGACGCCAGGUCAAAGCAAUAACAAUGCCAGGACUGAGUUCAAAGCACAAUCCAUGAGCGAUGAUGAGCUUCCAGUAUACGCUGUGGUCGAGAAAAAGAGUAAAGGUCAAGGGUCAAAGGUCAUGAAGAGAGACAGCGCUCCAGAAUUUCCUCAGACCCCACAGGACAUACAGGAAGAUAGCUAUCAAUCGAUUGAAGACAUGCCUCUGACACCGCAGUCCAACAUGGCCGCUAUUGUUGGUGGAAUGGUCCACGUUGACGAACAACCGACUAGCAGUAAUCUCUGGCAGAAGAAAGAACACAUGUACAUUGACGUCGAGUCGAAUAAACCCUCCGAGAAUGUCAACAAUGCAGGUGGAGGCAGUCAUAGUUAUGAAACAGUCAGCCUGGUGUCGCCAGCAACGUCCAGUAAAAAGGAGAAACAGAAGGCGGCCAAGAAAGCUAAGAAGGAAUCCAAGAAGGAGAAAAAGCAUUCAAAGGGAGAACAUCAUGAGAAAGGUAGCGAGGGAAAAGGAGAAAAAGGUGGACAUAAUGAGAAAGGAGCCGAUGGUAAAGGAGAAAAGGGCCGACAGCCUGAAAAAACGAGCGAGGGUAAAGGAGGAAAGGGCAAACAUCAUGAGAAAGGCGUAGAUGGUAAAGGAAAAAAGGGCGGACAUCCUGAGAAAACAAGCGAGGGCAAAGGAAAAAAGGGCGGACAUCAUGAGAAAGGAGGGGAGAGUAAAGAAGAAAAGGUUAGACAUCCUGAGAAAGGCGGAGAUGGUAAAGGAGAAAAGCCAAGAGCUGAGAGCAGUACGGUGUGGAAGCAACAAGAUGCGGCGGAAGGUAAUGCUAACGGUAACGCUAACAACAACAUAGAUGAAUAUGAAGAUAUUGUCUUUCCACUCCAAGAAACAAGACUCUAAAACCCAUGCAGUAGGAUCUGUCAUCUCAAUUUCAUUAAGCUGCUUUUAGGCACAUGCUUACCAGAAUAAGGUAACCACCCAAACUACCAUGUCCCCUGUACA